UUCAUUCAUUAAUUUAUUGAAUUUAAAUGCUAGGAAAUAAGGGUCUUCAAGAGACAAGAGACCAGAACGAGGAUUUUCUACUCUAUUUUUCUCCUUUUUACCGAUACAAAGAGGAAAAAGACCAAAGCAAUGAGCCUUAUAUUCCCAAGCUAAACCUAGAGAAACUGGAGGAAAAAUAAAAUGAAAGUAGCAGUCAACCAGAAGCCAAGGAGGAAGAUCUUAAAAUAAACAGAAAAUGAAACAUAAGUUUGCAGACCGGGUCAAAAAGAUGCGCAACAUGAAUGUUCGAAGAAUCAAGAGGCCGAACAUCCAAUCACAGCUGAUCGAUUUUAAUGAUGUGCUUUCCCUUUCUGCUCUUACUAACAAUGAAUUAAAGCCUAAAAGGCUUUUGCAUAAUAAGUCAGUGCAUUCUCAUAAAAGAAGUAAGAUUCAGGCUGACAAGGUCAAAACUCCUAUGUCAAUAAAGCAAGAUACCAAGUCCAAAUAAAAUUCCUGAAAGCGAGAAUUUCAACACAUUUGCCCCAGACGAAGAGGCUAAUUUUCAAUCUCGAAGCUCCUUCAUAAAAGAAGAGAACAAAGAGGAUACCUUAGAAGAAAAGGAAGAAUCUAAAAUUGAUAGUGACUCCCAAUUUUUCUAUAACUUGGCCCCAAAAAGAACACAAACUAAAUUGCAUCCAUCUGCUUUUAAGCAGUCUUCAUUUAAUCAGAACAAGAAGAAAGAUAGAUUGACAUCCUUUCAUCUGAGCGCUAAGAAUCUUCAUCUGAAAAGAGAGUCUUCAGCUCCAUCUCAGCGUCCCAAAAUAGUGCUGUCCAAGUUGACUCCUUCUGAGUCAGCUAGCAAUGCAAAUCUUCGUGAAGAAUAUCAGAAUGCUCAGCUACAAAACCUAAAAUCUAGAAUAAUCGAUGAUAACUUUUUAGGAUAUGGUUCGAAACCCUUACCAGGGCUGCCUAGAAGGAAGAUUGGCAAGAAGGGCUCCAAGAGAAUCCUGUUCAGAGAGCACAUUCCUACAAAUAACAGACCAAUGUCUUCUGUGCUCCGAAGCAAUCCAUUAAUAGAUAAUACAAUCAAAAGGCUGCAUAAGCCAGUGAAGCAAUUUGUUGCUGAUCAAAUUCAGAAGGUGCCAAAUACCAAAAAGUUCCUCGAGGAUGGACUGAAUAAUUAUUUAUUAAUAAACCCUUUCAAGAACCUUGCGAAGCCAUUCCAAGAUCCUUUGCAGCUUCCUAAUGAGAUAGAGAGGUUGGUUCUUGAAGAUGAGAUCCUUCAAGCCAAGAGAGACUUGGAAGAGAGAAAGACAUCCUCUUCUGUUACAAAGAAAGGAACCCAAAUCAGCUCAGCAGAUAAAAGUAACAUAGACUUUGAAGAGGAGAAGAAGAACCUUAGAUUUAAAGAUAUAAAAAGGGCCCAAACCAGAGUACUCGCAGAACAUAUGAAAGGAGACCACCCUGUUGUGAGAUAUGGACAACGACUGAAAGAAUGAAAGCAAGCAGUGGUGUAUGCUACCGAAGACCACGUCCCUGAGUUCUCCUCGUCUGACGAAGAUUUAGAGUUUGAUAAUCUUACACCUAGGUCAAAUGAGCUUUAUAUGGUUACUAAAGAAAUCAAGAAAGGUUUCAAAGAAAACGAUGAGCCUCCAAAGACUAAAAUAACCUUUUAUAAAAUUGGUAAAAUCAUUGGGAAAGGAGCUUUUGGUAAAGUGAAUCUUGCAAUGCAUAUUCUGGCACAAAAACUAAUCGCAAUCAAAUCGAUUAAAAGAGAGCAUACUCGGAAAAUAGAUACUCAACGAAAACUUGAUAGAGAGAUAAAGAUUCUGUCUACUUUAGACAAUAGCCUGUUUGUAAGGCUUUAUGAUGUCUUCAGUGAUGAUAGAUACACUUACAUUGUAAUGACUCUUUGUGAAGGAGGGUCUGUAGCUCAAUAUAUGCGGAAAAGCAAAUGGCUCAAUGAAGACCUCUGUAAACAUCUCUUUAUCAAUGUCUGAAAUGGUAUUAAGAUUUUACACAAGAUGAACAUUGCCCACCGAGACAUCAAGCCCGAGAACAUCCUAAUUUGUAGAAAAGGAAAUAUUUAAAAUAUGAGAUUUUGGGAUUUCAAGGAAGAUUGGUCAAAGAGAAAUGAUCAAAGAUAGUUCUGGAACACCAGCUUAUAUGGCUCCUGAGACUUUCUCUGAGAAAGCAUAUAAUCCUUUUCUGGCUGAUAUCUGGGCUCUUGGAAUACUUCUAUUUACCUUCCUGAAUGGACAUCCUCCAUUUAAGCAGAGAAAUCGUACAUCGAUGAAGGAGCAGAUCCUCUCAGCUAAAUUUAAGUUUGAGAAAGAAGUUUCUCAAGAGGCAAUAGACCUCUGUAAAUACGUUCUUCAGCUAGACCCCCACAAGAGGCCAACUAUAUCGCAAUAAUC